AAACGAAGCGCCCUUUUCCUGAAGCUUUUGUCACUGCAGCCUGCGUCCCUUCUUUUCCCCUAUUCUUUUAUCUACACUUUCGUUGCCCGCCAUCAUCCCUUUGCCCAGAAGCAUUUAUGCCUUGGCUCGCUCUUUCGUUAUCGCCGCCCUUCAAAGGGAUGACAUCUUGACUGAAUUCGAAAAUUGCAUAAUAGCAAGCUACGAAAGUCGACUGACUUUGCAACCGCGCUAUGCAAGUUCGACCAUAUUUUCUUAUCGGCUCAAAUGUUCUUAUCGCAUUAAUAUCGAUAAGACUUCUUCAGUUUCACAAAGACCACCAGAAUUGUCAUUUCGAAUCAUUCGGCCUGUACCCGCUUUGUGAUAUUGACGGAGAGACGCGUGGACAAAAACGACGAUUUCAAGAUGAUGGGAAUGUAUUUUCACUUCGGCGUAGCCGAAACGAUACUCUUCUCGGUAUGGAGAACCACCGACGUGCAAGGUAUCGUGGGCUCGAUGAUUGGGAUCGUUCUUCUGGCUGCUAUUUACGAAGGACUCAAAAAUUAUCGAGAACAUCUUUAUGUCAAUACUAUGAUCUCGGCAAAGGCCAGCGGUAAACGACGAUCACGAAGGGAUAUUUUAUUUUCGGGAAUACACUUUUAUCAAACUAUUCUUCACAUGAUACAAUUCGUUAUUGGAUACUUCCUGAUGUUCAUCUUCAUGACGUACAACGUCUGGCUGGCACUCGCAACCGUCAUUGGCACUGGUUUGGGAUAUUGGCUUUUUUCUUGGAACAAACUCACGAGCGAGAACAACGAUUGUUGCGGCUGAAAUAGGCCCCUUCUUCCAAGCACUCAUUUUAUGGUGGAAAGACUGACUUUUGAUGAUUCCAACUCGAAGCAAAGGAUCCAAAGAAUGUACUGAGCUUGAAUAAACGUAAUAACGGAUUUUUUUUUCAAUUGUGAAUCCACACAAAUGAACUACUCUUUUGGUGAAAUGUUUUUUAACGGAUUCGUUCCUUCAUGCAUUAAAUUCAUGCGCACGUCUGUAAUAAAAAUGUUUUUCAACAUCGCGUCAAUGGCACAAUAUUAAACAUAUGGGAGCUCUUUUUUCAUCCUUGACUCGACAUGAAAACUGAUGUUGCACACUUCAUGCUGGUGAAACUCACCGAAUAAUUUCUAUUCAUGGCCUAAAUAUGGGAAGCCACUUCUGUACAAAUAACCGUAAUGAAUGUAAGGAAUGUCGCUGAUAUUUCGUAAGGAAGGCAUUAGAUUGUAUCGUGUAUGAAGGCCUCAGUGGGAAUCCAUAUUUUUAUCUGUAAUUCUAUUUUCAACGAUAAGAAUCUCUCUCGUUCGGCUGUAAGUUUAUUUGAAGACACACUAUACAAAAAUUGUAGUUCGAUUUUGAUAAAAUUGAUAAAUUCAUGCGUUUUUAAUUUCAUGAUUUUUCUUCCGAAAAAACCUAUUCGAUCGGAUCAGCGAGGGCCGGAUGUAGAUAUCUACGGCCGAGUAUUUGAUCAAAAUUGAAACGAUUGUAUCUCUUUAUACCAACUCGGAGUACGUGUUAUCUUUCACGAGUCGUUUCUUUUAUCUUUCAUACUGUAUCGGUCCGUUUAUACUCGUUCUUUGCUUUCUCUCCAAACACCGCUGGUUGAGUACAUCAGUACAUUCUCGAAUUCCCAACGAAUAUACUCGCGCUCGAAGCGAACGUUAUUACGCUCAAUUAUUAUCAAGCACAAAAUGUCCAGUAAUUUUGCUAGUACGAAUGAGAUUUGCGGUUGUGACAAAAGUGAAAAAUCGUUGGGUCAACUCAUCCUCAGCUGGGAUAAAUUCAACUUAACGGUCUGGUUGGGGUUCAUUGUCUCGUUCAUCAUCUGGGGUAUCGCUUUUUUCGCUGCUUACCAACCCGCUCCGAAACAAGAUGGUGGCGGCUCAAUGGGCCCUGAUAUGCACCAUAACAUGUCAAUGCGGGCGAUGUUCUGAUCGAAAUCAUGGACCAAACAGUCACCAGGAAUGGAAGUAUGGAUAAUUUUUUUUUUCAGAACGUUUUGAUCGAUGAAAGAGGAUAAUUGAAGAUGCACACUUCACACAAAAAAUGACGACUUGACAGAAUGUAGAAAUAGUGGCUGAAAAAUGAAAUAACGAUUUUGCAUAUUGAGUAUUGUAACUAUUUUUUUGGUCGGAUAUACUAAAUUUAUGUGCUCGAGCUAUCGAUUUAUCGUACAUUCCUGUAUGGGUUACGAAAGUAUAUCGAGACCUUUUUUCGUCGACCAAACUCACCGUUCAAAGAUUCACGAGUUUGAGCCUCUUGAAAAAUGCAUGCUCGACGUCCACCGUGAAUUUGGUCCAGAGGAAGACUAAAUAAACAAUGAAUAUCGAAAAAUUUAUGCGGAGUCCCGUUACGUUAUCGAUUGUUAUUGAAAUGUUGAAUCUGUAUUGCGAGCUUAGUAUAUUUUACAAACGAAAAUAAAAAAACCGAUUGAACAACAACGGAACCUCGAA